UUAGUCGGGGCUUGACAGUCGCUCCUCUCCCCUUAAAAUUAUCAAUUCCUGACAUUAAUUCCAUCAUCCAUUGAUCAUCAACCCACCGAUCAAUGAGUGAUAAAUAAAUAAAAACAAGUGACAAUGGUGUAGAAUAAUCAUGGGGAAUGGAAAAUUCAAAUGAAAAUUCACCGCCAUCUUCCAGCUGACGGAGGACUCGUCUUCCCGAUGAAUUCCCGUGAAUUCUCGUGAAUUCUCUUGAGUUGUUAAUAGCGAGAUGAAUUCUCCGGUGCUCGCGAAAAAUUAAUUAAGCGAGGGAGUAAACUCGUGUUGAGGGGAUAAUUGAAUUUUUUUUUUUUUUCUUCAUGAGUGACUCUGGAUGGGGUUGAGAGGGAUGUACUUGCAUGAGUGCUUGGGGGGUACAUCCACCCCCUCAUUAACUGGAGAAUGUGGAGUAUACGGUGUGUGAUGGGGGAUGUAACGGGGCAAUUGUGUGAGUUUAUUUGUCAUUACUCUUGUGGUAUUGUGCAAUGCCCGGUCAUGGACAAACGGUGAUUGAUCCACGGAAAAUAAUAAUAAUCGAUAGGGGGUGGGGGAUCAAUCGAUUGGAGAUAAAUUGACCAUUUUUUAUUUAUUUAUUUUUUUUAAUCUGUGAUGGACGGCCGCCGAGGUCUCGAUCAACCUGCAGGCCAUCAUGAGAACCGGAAGUGACAGUGAGAAAUGGCAUCCGGAUACCAAGGAGUCGAGGUUUCGGCUCGCGUGACAUCGCCGACGGCUCAGAAAGCCCCGAAAAUAUCAAAAAUAAUGACAACAGGAUCAAUCGAGAAUUAAGAGGAAGAAGAAAAUAAAUCACUUCCAACAAUCACAAUUAGAUGAUAAAACGAUCCAUCAAAUCCCCGAUAUCCACCCCGCGAUCCCGAGCAAAACGUCAAAAGCACCAGAGCACCAACAAACAACCAACCCUCUAGUAUGACGGUGAUGCUGCUGCAACGUUUUGCCGCGCCGCAAUCGAAGAAAUCACUCCACAACUCAUGCGACUACGAAAUAAGUAAUUACCAACAAUUGGGAAAACAAUUGGGCAAUCAACUGGGCAAUCAAUUGGCCAAUCAAUUGACUCUGGUAAUCGAGAGAAAAUCAAGUGAUCACAUUAUAAAGGACAGUGUCGAAACAAUAAUCGACAAUUGCUACUGCAACAACAACAAUAAAACAAACAAGAGCAGUUACACCGAGAAAGAGAAGAUAGCAAACGCAACGAAUACGUGCAAGAACGAGCAAUUCCGUACCAGUGGCUGCUGUCACAGUCAGGCAUUGUCAAAUAUCAAUAACAACAGCACCGAGGCUACGGAGAGUGACGAAUUACUGGGAAGAAAUAGAAAUCCUGGUAGACAAGAGACUAUAACAUCACGUACAACAGCAGCUACAACGAGUACAGCGUGUACUCAAUUGACAUCGGCGUCACAAAGCCGAUACUGUAGCCAAGGUGUCGUGAUGCGAUAUUAUCGAUUAUGGAUAUACGCCUGUAACAUAGUACUGCUUGGAAGUGCACUUGGUUUUGCCGUUGUUGUAUCACGUACACUCCUCUUCUCCAGCGAUCCACGACGUUUUUUGGUACCAGGUGUACCAAGAGCAUGGGAUCCAACAGCCCUCUAUGCAUAUCUAGCACUGGCAACCCAACUUGGUCUUGUUCAGUUGCUUGGUUGUAUAGCAGCUAGACGUCUCAGUGCUAAACUCCUCAAUGCCUACUGGAUUCUACUGCUAGCACUUCUAUUUGGUGAUGCAAUUAUUGGAGUCGCUUGGGUAUUCAAGUUUGAGAGGAUGAGGGCCGAGUUGAGACCUGUGCUAAGAUUAAAAUUACAGUUGGAUUAUGGUAGGGAUGGAAGAUUCAGUGAUAACUGGGACACAUUGCAGAGGGAUUUUGGCUGCUGUGGUGUUACUGGACCCAGUGAUUUUGACAGUAGAUUUAUACCUGACAGUUGCUGUGGUCCAGCUGUGUUGAGUAGUGCUAGUGUUGUUGGUGGUAAUGACAAUGAUACUGUUGGCUGUUAUCAGCCAUUUGCCAAUGGUUGUGAGGAGUAUCUCAUGCAGUGGUUGAGAAAGACAGCUGAUCUUCUGUUUGUCCUUGGAUUUUGUGUUAUAGCAUUCGCUAAGUUGUGCUUCCUCGGUAUACUGAGGUAUGAGAUUAGGGAGAUGAUACAGAAAAUUCGUCUGCUCAGGGAACCACCGCCAAUGGCAUCAGCCGCUUUUAUUCAGUCGUUCUGUCAGCCACCAGCUAUGACAACUGCCGUUACAACAACAACAAGUGGCUCAUCUUGCACUGCAACAGCUACCUUAGCUGGUGGUGAUCCUGCUAAGGGAAUGAUUAACUACGUUGGACCUAGACGUACGACACUGCCCAUUGUCGUUUCAUCAUCAGCUGUCAAUAAUAAUCCAUCGAGUUUUGGCAACAAUGUUCCCCUCCUUCCACAGCAGUUGGAUCAGGACUACGGUGUUAAGCAUCCCCUGUUAUUCAGUAGUAAUCUCCAACAGGACACUGGUGCUGACAGCGAUACUAAUAGUCACUGUGCCCUUAUCCUGGAGGAGACAACACCAACAUCGACAGCCCAUCGCAAUUGCAAUGCAUCCAAGGAGAAGAGCAAUGGUAACAAUAAUUACGAGAUGAGGGAGUUUAAUCGUCGUUAUUUAAUGUCAAAUGGUGGUAGCCCACCAACGGGAAUAACUAUUGUUGGACAAAAUAGAAGGACCUGACUAUGGAAGUGGUGGCGACAAACGUCGAAUCGUUUUUUAUACAGAAAUAAUAGACCAGUCGAGCUUGAUGCAUUCUACAAGUAGCCUGUUCUCGUUUAGCUCGAUUUAAUAUUGUUGUUGAAUUUUUAGUUGACUUUUUUUUUUCUUUUCUAUUCAAUCCGGGAGAAUUAAUUUCCAGGACUUUCAUCCAUUUAAUCCCAGAAUAAUUAUAUAAUACAGUGUCUCGUUAAUUAAUCCUCCCAGUCAUCGAUCAUCACGUAAAUUUAAAAUAUAUCUGGAGGGUUCAGAGGGUCGUGUGAUUAAGACGGAAAUGUGUCGGAUUUUUUUCGUGAAUAUUAGAACGGGAAAUAAAUUAUUUACUCUCUCCUGUCCGAUCUCGUCGAUGUGUA